AAACAAUUAAAUAUGUGUCUUGGUUUUUAACUUCCUGGGAAAUCCUCCAUUUCACUUUCGCUUUUCAGAUCUCCAUUGGUAUUGAAAUGGCCGAAUCAAAGUCAUUGAGGAAACCUGUUUACACCAAGGUGGGCCAACUUCGCCCUGGCACUAGUGGUCACACUCUUACUGUCAAGGUUGUCAGCACAAAGAUGGUAUUGCAGAAGGGUCGUGCUGAUGGUCCUCAAGUUCAUCAAAUGCGAAUUGCUGAAUGCUUGGUAGGAGAUGAGACAGGAAUGAUUAUCUUUACGGCUAGAAACGAACAAGUGGACUUGGUGAAAGAGGGGACUACUGUUACACUUCGCAAUGCUAAAAUAGACAUGUUUAAAGGAUCAAUGAGGCUUGCAGUGGACAAGUGGGGUCGUGUUGAGGUUGCAGAACCUGCAAGUUUCACCGUGAAAGAAGAUAACAAUCUGUCACUAAUUGAGUAUGAGCUGGUUAAUGUCGUUGAAGAGUGAUCUUUCUGUAUCUUUUAUGGGCAGCAUUUGCUUUGCUUCUAUAUUGUAAAACCAAAAAUAAAGUCAAAUCCAAUGAACGUGUUUCCCUGAUCUAUGCUACAUCUUAUCUUCAAAAGGGUCAUGGAAGUACAAUUUUAGGAAAGAAGACAUCUGGAAGCUAGUACAGUGCUUGAAGUUGCUUCUUGGUCGUGGCAAAAUCCAGCAGAACCUUUUGGUUGGACCUCCAAACAGAUGGUAAUGGCUGUAAAUUUUAGAGGUAAAAACAGCUAGCUUUUAUGUUGUACUUAGGACUUCCUUUCAUCCUUUACUUUGCUUUUAUGUUGUACUUAGGAAGUUUAAUAUUAUGUAUGCCUACAAUCCAUCUUCCAAGUUAUUAUGUCUUUGGUUUAAUAUUAUUUGCCACAACUUACCGAA